CUCUUAUCACAGGCCUUCUCCAUCUAUCUUCUGAAAAUAAACUUAAUAAAGCAGAAUGAGAAAUGAGCAUAGAGAUCAUGAGGCAACCAUACAUGGUUCAGGAGAGUGGUUGAGUUUAGGCAUGGGAGGAGAAAGCACACCUUCAAACCCUGCUUCUCCCAAGUUGUUUUCAUGUAAUUUUUGUAUGCGAAAAUUUUACAGCUCUCAAGCAUUAGGUGGCCACCAGAAUGCUCACAAGAAGGAAAGAGGUGCAUUGAAAAAGUACAACUUGGUGGGUAUGGCAUUCCAUAAUCCCAUGUUAAGGUCUAUGGGGGUUAUACACCAUGGAAUUAUGCAUGGUCAAGGGAGGGAUAAUGGAAAUGGAAGUAUAACAGUGACUAGGUUUGGGAAGCCUCCUAAUACAAGGUUGUCUAUGUCAGGGCUGUCUAAUCCAAUGGACAAAGCAGCAGACCCAACAUGGCCAGGAAGUUUUUUGUUCAAUCCUCAAGAAGCAGAGGAGCAGUCCUCCUCGUAUCCUAAUAAGCUAGACCUAAACCUGAAGCUGUAAAUAUUGAUUUGACUAUCUUUCUACUGUAAAGCUUGAAGUUGAAAUUAUUACCAUUGUUCCAAAAGGUUGAAGCCUG